AUGGGAGAUAGCCUCAACUCGCUAACCAGCGACACUAUGGAAUCUGUCGACGAAAUAGCAUAUAAGCUUAUGCACCUUCUCGAUCUUAUCAAAGGCAACCAAUUUAACCGGGUUGAGGUGAUGCAUGGAGAGUCAGCGUACGCCCACCCAGCUUCCACACCCCCAGAGCGCCCAGAGCGCCCAGAGCACCCAGAGCCCCCAGAGCCCCCAGAGGGCCCAAAGGGCUUAGAGGGCCCCGAGGGCCCAAAGGGCCGCGAGGGAGCAAAGGGCCGCGAGGGAGCAGAGGGCCGCGAGGGCGCAGAGGGCCGCAAGGGCGCAGAGGCCGCAGAGGGCGCAGAGGGCGCAAAGGGCCGCAAAGGGCACAAAGGGCCGCAAAGGGCGCAAAGGGCCGUAAAGGGCGUAAAGAACCGCAAAGGGCGCAAAGGGCCGUAA